AUGCCGACUAUCCUUCGCCGUCUGUUUGAUCUCCCAAGCAAACUAUUACGUCUCCCUUUCAACUCAUUCGGGGCCGUUUUCGCGCCCAAGCUACCAACCUUCCCCUGCGCCAUGGACGUGUCAAAUGCUACCUUUCCUCAAGAACUUAUCAAGAUUAUCCAGAAUGUCGCAGACAGUCGCUUCAUUGCCUUCGAUCUUGAGUUCUCAGGUGUCGCGCCCAAGCAGCUCGGUGGCAGGUCUGAAAAGUUUACCCUGCAAGAAUUAUAUCAAGACUUGAGAUCAGCUGCACAAAUCUAUCAAAUCUUACAAGUGGGUUUGACCAUUGUCACCGAGGAUGUCGAAAACGCACGCUAUAUUGCUCGGCCUUACAAUUUUAAUCUCUGUCCUUUACCGGCAAUAAAGGAGUCAGCGUUUCAACGAGUGUGGUCGUACAAUAGUGGCGCAAUUUCUUUUUUGAUGCGCAAUGGCUUCAGUAUUGACCGUCCGCUAUUGCAGGGUGUGCAUUACCUAUCACGGCAAGAGCAAGACCAGAUACGGAAAAAUUUGAUCGAGGCCCAGCAGGCACGAGCGAAUAUUCCAGAUAUGAUCUUGAAAGAGGAGGACUCUGUUCUAGUGGACCAUAUCAAACAGUCAAUCAAGCAAUGGCAGGAAUUGCCAAAAGAUCAGCAAGAGACAUAUAUCAAUAUACCAGCAGAAGAUGCUAAUGACCCAAUCCCCUCUGCCCUGAAUCGAUAUCAGGUUCGUCUGAUACACCAAAUCGUGAGGAAUGAAUAUCCUAGCCUCAGGACACAAGGCAUGGGUCAUUUUGUUCAAAUCACGAGCCCCACGGUAGAGCAGCAAGCAAACCAAAAGGAAAUACAAGAACAAAUGCUGGAACGCGAGGUUGGGAAAGCCGUCGGAUUUCGGUGGAUAGUUGAAGCUAUCAUCGGUGGUGAUAUUUCCACCAUGCCGCAUUAUUAUGUCCGAGCAGGUUUUCCUGAAGGAAAAGCCCCAAAGGACAUCCAGAACUUUCUCGACCAGUUACAGACAAGACUCAGGAGCCAGACCCGGGCUCUCGUGGGCCACAACUGUAUGACGGAUGUCAUGAAUCUGUACCGAUGUUUCUUCGGUGAUCUUCCGGACCGACUUGAAGACUUCCGCACAAGGCUGCACGAGUUAUUUCCUAUCAUUCUGGACACCAAAUACAUCGCUGGCCUUGAAAGUAAGGGCCGGAAUGAUACUUCGCUCCGACAGGUCGAAAUUGACCUCUAUUCAGAGGGAAUGCCGAAAAUCCAUCUCCCCAUCAAUUUUGAUCGAUAUCUCUAUGCUCCAAAUUAUCAUGAGGCGGGAUUCGAUAGUUUUGUGACGGCAAAAAUUGGCCUCAAACUCUCCGCAAAGCUGAAAAGAGAGCGCAUAGAUGUCAAGCUAUUGGGAGGACCUGCUUCUCCGAGCCCCACUGGUAAUUCGACAUCGGUAGCUGAAGAAGGUGAACAGGAGGCGACCGCCGCAACCGCCUCGCUAGAGAAAGGUCAGCAGCAAGGAUUCACGGAUAGCCUGGUUGAAGCGAUCAAAGCACCUGUGACUGUGGUAAAGUCGAUUUUGACGAGUCCAGAAAGCAGGGUUCAAGACAAGGCAAACAUUGAAAGUGGCAGCGGUCCCAAAUCAGUGAAUGUCAUACCUGAAGAAACAACUAGUCUGGCACCUCCCACUACGAAAAAAGGCCGACGGGGGUUUCAAGGACGAAUAACUGAGCCAGAGGAUCUGAAGUCAAUGUCCCAGAAAUCAAACAUAUUCGACAUGCUCGAAGAUGAUCCUCCAGAACCCGGGAAGAAGGAAAUCGGGGAACGAGAGAGAAUUGCGGAACUGGUGCGAGAGGGCCAGCUGAUCCCUCGAUGGGAGGAGGAUGCUGAGUUCUGGAAACUGAUCAGUAACAAGUUACAAGUCAACGCAUCUCAGGAAGGUAUUCUGGAUUUGAUGUAG